AUGGACUCUUCUUCCUCUUCUUCGUUCAACCCUCUUUGUUCAACCUCAGUUUCGGAUGGCCAGCAGUCCACGAAGGAUACUUUCUCGUUUAUGGACAACUGGUCCCCGUAUGACUUGUUUGACUGGACUGUCGACGAGUCAUUAUCCUCCCCCCUGGACCUGCCUGACGACAUCGUCAACGGAUCACUGGAGUACAAUUACGUCCCCCCUUUGCCCGACUUCGGGCAAAGUGUCUUCGCAACUCCUGAGGGUGUCUUUCCACCUGGGCCUGUCGCGGGGCCAUCUUCCCAAUGCGAUGGCUCACCACUCGACACCUUGAACCUGGGAAACAUAUGUCCUCCCUUUUCAGUGGUGGACGCUCCUCUUCACUCGAUGUCAGCGUUUGUACAAAGUCAGAAAGCAUCGCCCUCCGCACCGCGCCGGCCUCGUACUUCACCCCGUGCGAGGGAAGAUCGGUAUAUGCCAUACUCAUCUCCCUCACAGUCGGCAUUUUUGUCCUCUUCAUCGCCCUGCUUCUCUCCCACCUCGUCGGCCCUCUCUACCUUCUGCUCCUUGCCACCCUCCUCCACGUCCUCAUCCGCCUUCUCUUCACACUCUGCUGCUUCCUCGUUGCUCCCUCAGGAUCUCGGGGUCGCAACAUCGCUCAUCCUGCCGGAUAUUCCAUUAUCGCACUUGUCCUUUUCUCCCAGGGCCCAAGCAUUGGUCACUCCACCCUCGUCUUCCUAUUCACGCUCUUUAACCUUCCUCAACGCCCCCUCCUCCUCAACUCAGGACCAUGCGAUUGUGACCUCACCCGUCAUUCCCGUCCUGUCAUUCUCCCCUCUACCUUUCGGGGAAGCCGAUGAAUUUGUGAGCUUCACACCGCGAACGAUGCGGGUCAGCGGGCCAGUGACCCCUCCAUCACCGGGCUCGUGCGAGUGCCACAUCUGCGGCCUGCGCCUUAAGCACAGUGGUGACCUCUCGCGACACCUAACAGCGCACAAAGAGGCGGACAGCAAGCCGCUAUGUGGUGGUCUUCCCCUGGCGGAAGCACUCGCAGCUGGGGUGGACAUCGCCUCUGCAAAAUCGCACGUUUUCGAUGGGGUCGUGUAUUAUGGCGGUUGUCAUCGCAUCUUCAGCAGGCGGGAUGCGCUGUUGAGGCACUCCAGGUUCGUCAGGGAGGCCGUUGAGCAGCGGAAGAAUGCGACAGAGGGCGUGGAUCAGCGGCAGAAGGUGACAAGGAUGCAGAAGAAGCGGAAAAGUAAACAGAAUAGGUCAAAGAGGGGCGUCGAGGAGGAUGUUAAGCUAUGUGUCACUAGUAUCGAUGCGCCGUACAAUGUUGCGCGUCUGGGGAGGCGGUGA